AUGGUAGUCAGGGUCACUUCGCUGGGUGAACGACAUGCGGACGAAGGUACAAUCAACUGGAACGACGAGUGUAUAAAGAACGAAGCAAGGAUGUUGUCUUGCCUUAAUCAUCCAAAUAUAGCUAAUCUGGUGGGAUGGUUCAUAAUGCGAAAUGCAUUCUACUCGAUCCUGAAUUAUUACGAAGGAGGAAACUUGAUAGACUGUAUUCCGCCCAACGGAAGAGAUGAAUUUUCCGCUUUGCAUCUAAUGAUUCAGGUUUUCGACGCGAUCAAAUAUACGCAUGAACACGGCAUCGCGCAUGGAAAUAUCAAGCCCGAGAAUAUACUCCUGUCGGUCGAUCAUAAACGUUUGAUCCUUACCGAUUUCGGUCAAGCCCACUUUGAAGACGUUGACCUUUGUGCUCGAGAUGGAAUUGGAAUUCGAAUUCACGGAGGAACGAUUGGGUUCAACGGACCGGAACGGGACCCCCGAGAAAACAUACCGUUUAAAGGGUUCAAGAGAGCCGAUAUGUAUGGCUUGGGUGUUACAGUUUAUGUCGUUCUGACGCGUCACCUACCGUAUGACACAUCAUUAUCAAUUCGAGAUCAAGCUCUGUUCUUCCCCGAGAAGAUAUCCUUACCGGCAGCACAACAUUUCAUUCAGAACCUACUCUCCAUAGAUCCAUCACGUAGAAUGACCAUCGCUGGUGUUUUUGACCAUUCUUGGUUAAGAAUUCAUGACGUCACUGGUCCUAGAGCGAGAUCUGUCACUCCCGUUCACAAUACAACUUCCUUGAAACCGUGUCGACAUAUCAGCAAUGGCGCCAAUCACAAGGGGAAAAGUAUAGCUGAGAGUAGUAAGUCAACCGCUGCUGCCAAGCGAAACCGUGGAAGUGUACGAAAAAACAAAUCUUUCGCAAGCCUAUUUAAUGUUGCAUCUCCGUUGAUUAAAGAAAAAAACAAUAACCCUUCUCUUCCACAAUAA